CCUAGCAAGCAUUGCAGUGUUAUUGCUGCGCUGUUUUCUUUAUUUUCAUUUUUUUCGGAUUUUAUUGUCGCAGGCGUCGCAAUUAACGAGUUGUAUGUUCUAAGUUAUAGCUAACGGCGGUUUAUUGUGCUGCAGCACUCACAAACUGUAGCAUUUAUAUUAGAAUUUUGUACAUUUGGAGCUACGUGGGCCAAACAGCUUUUCAACAAACAAAGAACAGUACGCUCGCACACAUACUCCCUCACUCGCAGUUUGUGUGUGUAAUCAAAGGCAGGUAAACGAGAAAUUUGUCAAACGCAAUUAUGGGUCGCAUCUUUCUGGAGCAUUUGGGUGGGCUAAAGCUAUUCAAUUGCGCCCAAUGUCAUACGAACUUAACGAAUCGCAGCCAAUUGAUUAGCACACGCUUUACAGGCGCCACAGGUCGCGCUUAUUUGUUUAAGCGCGUAGUCAACCUGACAUUCAGUGCCAUUCAGGAGCGCGUGAUGCUUACUGGACGACAUAUGGUGCGCGACGUAAUGUGCAAGAAUUGCGGCGCAAAGCUUGGCUGGAUGUAUGAAUUUGCCACCGAGGAGACGCAAAAGUAUAAAGAGGGUCGUGUCAUUCUUGAAUAUGCUCUAAUCAAUGAGGCAGAGGGUUUUCCAUCCGAGGCUGGUGGCACCAGCCACUGAACAAAUGAGUCCAGUAGCUCAACGGGAUACAAUUGUUUAUGUAGCCUUUAAGUAUUUAAUUUAGCCGACAGGCGUUGGCUUCAUAUAUAUAUUUAUGUGUGUAGGUUAAAUGAUUUUAAAAAGAUCAUAUUAUAGAUCAGCAUAAAUCAAUAGAAGAAAUGGAAGCCCCUGUCAGCGUUACUUAAACCUAGCAUUAAGGCACUAGCACAGUAAGCAGUUGCCCCAAGUAUAAAAAUGAUUUCAACGUUAAGAGGCUGAAAUGAUAAAUGAAAACAAAAUCUCGCAGCCCCCUAUAAUCCCCAUCUCCCUUCACUUUGCUCUUUCAUUUUUUUUUAACUUAUAAGAAACAUUUGCUGUGUCCUUUAACUCUUUUUACAUGAUUGAAUAAAAUAACAGAUCUCUUAUCUAAUA